AUGGAUAGCACCAUUCCAUGGCCAUCCUCAUUCCGACAACAUCAUCAUACCGAAAAGCAGCAGCAGCAGCAUCUUCCUAAAUCAUCCUUGUCAAUGUCAAAUGACACCGUUAUUGGAUCAUCCCCAUCCAACAUGUUUUACUUUACACAGAUCUCGGAUCUUCAUAUUUCAAAGUAUCGGUUUCGAGGACAUACGCUUCAUUUUUUACAUUUUGUACAAUCCGUACUCCCCAUGAUCAAACCCCGUUUUGUUGUUGUCACAGGCGACUUGACAGAUGCAAAGGACGUACGACGUGUGACAUCUCAGCAGUAUCAAGAAGAAUGGCAGGUGUAUCGUCAAACGAUCGAACAAGGAGCACCUGCCAUGCCAUGGUAUGACAUGCGUGGGAACCAUGACUGUUUUGACUUGCCUUCAUGGCAAUCGCAUGUGAAUUUUUAUCGCACCCAUGGCAAAAGUGCCGACUUGGUGGCAACAGGCCAAGGUAUCUAUUCAUGGCAAGUCAAGGAACCUUUUGGCAACUAUCAAUUUGUUGCUAUUGAUGCAUGUCCUAAACGUGGUCCAUCACGCCCUUUCAACUUUUUUGGUUAUCUCACGUCAAAGACAAUGGAUCGACUUGCAAGCGCAUUGAAGCCGGCAUUUAAUCAUACCUUUGUGUUUUCACAUUAUCCUACGACAACCAUGGUGUUUGGUGUUUCAAGUAAAGGUCUCGGGUUCCGUGAUUUGGCCAAGCAAUACAGCGUUUAUUUUUGUGGCCACCUUCAUCGUCUUGCUGCAGGAUUGGGGGAUGUGCUCAAAUGGUAUGAUCCCAAGGGUGAGUCAUUGGAGCUCGAGCUUGGCGACAUGAUGGUCCAUGGCAUGUAUCGUAUUGUGGCUGUGGAUCAUGACUUGAUCUCCUUUGUCGAUGUCGAAUUGCCACGUAAACAACUUGCACCUCAUCCCGUGAUUCCAUUGACACCUGCUGGCAACAUUAUUUGGCCUGCAGCUAUCAAGCCUGCACCCAUUGUACUCAUUACAAAUCCAAAGGAUGCUCGUUUUGCUAUGCCAACCAAAGAACCAUUACAUCGUAUCCAAUCCAGCAGCCAUAUACGUUUUCUAGUUUUCACUUCCUCAGGUGAUGGUCAUGAUGAUGAUGAUGAUGCUCUUGGUGAUGGUAGUGGUAACAACAACGUCACUGUGCAUAUCAGCAUUGAUGGUGUGCCACAUCCACAUGCAGCUACCCAAUCAUCAGCCACGCUAUGGACAGCACCAUGGGAUCCUUCUACCCUUGAUCCACGGCGUACGCACACAAUCAAGGUUCAAGUAACAACACCGGAUGGUCAAACAGGCUCUUCAUCAAUUGUUUUUCGCCUUGACAACCAACGUGUCAACAUCAAGGGUGGCCCUGGCGAGUUUAUUAUCUCAUCCAAUAUGGCUAUUGUGUUGCAAGGCUUUACCCUCAUUGGUAUUGCUGCCAUGUUGACAGCCCUCAUUGUUCCCAAAUUUUAUGAUCGAUCAAGGUUUAUGCAACUUGUUCAACGUAUCCAUCAGCAUCCAGAGAGCACAUCAACAUGGCACGUAUGGGUAGCACGCCUUUUAGCUAUGCCGCAUGAACAACGUUGGUGCUGGUUUGCUACAGUGCUAUUUUUAUUAGCCUUGUUGACGUUGCCAUGGUUUCGAGCCGAGUUUAUUCCAUCCGGCACUCUACCACAUGAACGAUACGGCACAUUUUACUUGUGGGGUUUACGAUUUGCGCAUGAAUGGGUUCCCAUUGCCGACACGUGGAUGUUUGCUGCUGGUCAAGUGUGGCUCGAUGUUGCUGUAUUUUUCUUAAUCUUUUGUUGGCGAGCUGCUGAGGAUGCUUGUUUAUGUGUUGGUUCACCAAAGCAAGCUACAAAAAGACCCGUUCACGAGCAAGCAUGGUUCCGUGGUAUUGUUGUCAUUUAUUGGUUAUGGCGUGUCUCCGAACUCGUUGCCCUUGGAUCGUUCUAUGGUGGUAUCAAGACAUUGCUGGUGUAUAAUCUUCUAGUCUUUUGGUUGAUUUUUGUCGGCUAUAUGCUCUGCUGGGGAAAAGGCGGCAUCUUUCUCGCACCAAGACAGCUACCAGUCAUGUGUCCUAUUUGUGGACGUGAGAAUACCAACAUACUACUCAAGGUUGGUGGUGGAUCAUCUGCAUCGGAAACGGCUGUUGCGGCAGUUACUGCAGCUAUUGAAUUCUCUGAAGAAUCCAGUGGAUCAACUUCGUCCACUCCAUUUAAUGGUAGUCCUCGAACAAAGAAUCGAAAACGUGCUUUUAAGAUGACAGGGACUAGUUGA